GUGUUCACGCCACUGGAGGAGUGAGCAUCCGCUGUACCGCAGUGUCGUCCUGCCGCCCUAUCCGACAAAGAGAGCUGCAGUACUGCAAAGUGGAGAGGGUCUAGAGAGCGAAGGGGGGAGGGGGUACCGCACUGUCGUUACGAGUCCAAGUGCAGGCAGGAGGAGAAACGCAUUAUUGCAGUAGCCUCCAGCGCCACAGCACUUUACACGGGCGCAACUACCGCACUUCCCUCAAGACGCACAUCCGUCCGCGCAGAGAGAAAAAAAAGGAUCGAGAUAGAGGGAGGUGGGGGGGCAACAUCAAUCCGAAAUCAGAGACAAAAAACUGAUUUCUCACGACUGGACUUUUUUUGUUCUCCUUUUAAUUUUCAAAUUGCACGCAUUUGCCAUUAGCUUUUCCAAGAGGCAACUCCACAACCAGCCAAUCAGCGCCUGCGUCUCCGCAUCCAAAAGCAGCUCUGCGAGGAGUCUCCGCAUCAACUGCAUAUGCGGGAUUAUUAUAAACGUCCGUGGACAUUUCGCUUGAAUGGAUUAUAAUUUAGAAGUACUUUUCUCCUGAGCUCGCGUCGCUCUCCUUCACUUCCUGCUCUCCAGUCCCGUCACACGGUGAAUUAUCGCCCGGUCCGUUCACGUGCCUCGGUAUAUUGCGGUACUUUGUUGACGACUUGCAGUGUGAAUGCAUCGCUAGAAGAUCGGCUCCACUGCGCAAACGCCGGCCGCCUGUUUACUGUCCGCGCGGCACUUUACUGACUUUGCUGAUUGUACAUUUGGACUUUUUCGACCGACACUCCCUCUCCACCUCAGAUCCCUCACCCCUCCUCCGCUGCCCGUGAGUCAGUUCAAACAGCUGCAUAGAAGAUGUCUGCCCCCGAUGCUGCUGCCCCAGGUGGAGCUCCAGGAGCCCCUGGUGCCGAUGGAGCCCCAGGCGGCGCACCUCCUGGCCCACCCAAUACUUCCAGCAACCGCAGGCUACAGCAGACACAGGCCCAAGUCGAGGAGGUGGUGGAUAUCAUGCGGGUGAACGUAGACAAGGUUUUGGAAAGGGACCAGAAGCUUUCAGAGCUGGAUGACAGAGCGGACGCUCUCCAAGCCGGAGCCUCCCAGUUUGAAAGCUGCGCAGCUAAGCUAAAGAACAAGUACUGGUGGAAGAACUGCAAGAUGAUGAUCAUGAUGGGUAUCAUUGGAGUCAUUGUGGUUGGAAUAAUAUUCUUGUACUUCUUCUACUGAGCUCAGCCCAUCAUUACAGAUGGAUAUGGACUUAAGAAUAAUAUGAAGGGGAAUAGAAAAAAAAAGAUACCCAAGAGCCCCUCCUUCCCUUUUAUCCAUCCUCUCCUUCUUCUCUUCACACAGUCUUCCAUCAAACCAUCUUGCACUUAUACAUGACAGUAGUGUUUAUAGGUGUCUCCGCUCUCUUUGUCCCCCUCUCCCUCCCUCCUGAUUGCUUUCUUCCACUGUUUUGGUGUCUCACUCACUCUCUCCUGUCUCUGCACCUCAUGUAUUAUUGAAGAACGCAGCAGGCGGAGUGAAACAGCAAGGAGGGAGAGAGAAAGUACUUGUGACAUGGGAACACACAAGGCUACGCCCUUCGAACGGAGCUAUGGGGGGUAAAUGUGAACUGUACAGAUGGUGAAUGAGUGCAGGGAGGUUGAACAAGAGUUUGCAGUCCUUUCUAUCCCAGAUACGCCAAAGCUUGUUCAUAUUUCCAUUUUUUUGAGAGUCCUACAUUUGUAAGUUGAUACUGACAUGCCUAACUAACACACCCCUUCUUUCACAACUGCUACCGUCAUUGCUACUUACUAACACAAGGUCAUGUUAGAUCAAUAUUAGGAACAUUUUUGAUGUAUGUGCGUGUGUGUAUUUGUGAUCCAAAGCAUUCUAGCCGAUAGCUUUUUCAGAGUUUAGCUGUUUUUUAUUGGUACCUUUUUUGUUCCCUUUCCUGCCUAACUUUCUACAACGUUCAGUAACAAUGAGGGAAAUACAUUUUAAAAGGGAAACGAGACUGUGUGAAAUUAUAAGGAAAGGAAGAAGUGUUUGAGGGAAAAUUAGUAUACAUUUUCCCCCUGUAUAAAUAAGACAAACCUCUGGACUGAUAAACAAAUAUUGAUAAAGUAGUUGUAUAGCUAUGCUUCAUUUCACCUUGGUUUUGGAACCACAGGCCGAUGCAUAGUAGUCCUGUUAUGCUUAGUGGCAUUGUGAUAUGCACAGCAGGAGAAACUGACAAGCAGCCACUAACAGACAAUCUACUGAGAACACAUGAAUGGACCCAGAGGAAGGUCUCUUCCCUCUGAGCGGACAGAGUCACAGCCAUAGACAGAUGAAUGUGAAGCAUCACAUUAAAAAAAAUUAAAUAAAAAAAUUUAAAAAGCUACAAAUGCCAACUUGUUUUGGAAGUUGUGCAGAUACAGUGUUUGUUUGAUUGUUGUUUAAGUGGACCUGAGAGAAAGGAGAUGAUUAAGAAGCCAAGAGCCACCGUGGCCAUCCCGUCCCCCAACCCCGUCACUCACAUAAAAAAAGACUCACAUGCAGUAAAUGCAACAUGAGUUUGUUCCUAACUUGCAUGGCAAACCGUGUCCAUAGUUUUGCCUAUUUGUGUGAUCUGUGUAUCUGCCAUUUCUGAAUCUAACUGCCGAUUGUACAUUUUUCUUUUGUUAGUGGUUUCAAUGACCUGUGUAUCUGAUAAUUACUGCUUAUGCAAUGCAAUGAUGCUAAGGGGUUGCCACAUUUGUAUUUAUUUAUUUAUUAAUAUUCAGAGACUGCAAACAACUCCUACUAUAGUUAACUGCUAAAACAUGUAGUAUUAUUAUGGAUAGAACAAUAGUGCACAUCUGUCAGAUUAUGCUCCUGAAAAUGUGUUUAUAAAUUCUUCCAGGUUUUUUUUGGGGGGGGGGGGGGGGGUUGUUGGAUAUAAAAGAAAAUCUUAUUUUUCCUUUCCUCGGACUGAUUUUGAGAGUUGAUAAAAUAAAGAUGCAUAAUUCUAGCAGUUAUCUAUAAUUAUCUGAUGAUAUUGUGUAACAAUAUUAUUAGGUAAUUACCACAUGAGAUAUGAGAACAUGUUUUGUGAUUUACAACCUGAAAAUGCAGUGAGAUGAUGCAAGUGGAUUUGAAAAAAGAAAUGCAUGCUUAACACUUUUGCUGAUGCCAAUAAAUAAAUCAUCAACAG